GUUCCAUUUGGAGCAUUUUUUUCUCUCACUCUUCAUUUUGUGAUCCAAUCACUUAUUCACACAUCACUUCAAUAAUGACGCGCACUGGCUGGGAUGUCAAGCAGUCCGAGACGGCCAAGCACACCAGCAACCCAAUCCGCGCCAUUGUGGACCAGCUCAAGAUUGUCCCAUGCCCCGGCAAGGACCUGAUCUCCGUCUCCAUCGGCGAUCCGACCGUCUUUGGAAAUUUGCCGACGCACGACUCGGUGGUCGACGCAGUGAUCGACGCAGUCAAGUCCUCCAAAGCGAAUGGAUACACGCAUUCCACCGGAUACGAGCAUGCUCGCGAGGCCGUUGCGGAGCGCUAUUCGCACCCGGAUGCCCCGCUCACCAGCAAGGACGUGAUUAUCGCGUCGGGCUGCUCUGGUGCGCUCGAUCUGGCCAUCACGGCGCUCGCCAACCCGGGCCAGAACAUUCUCAUCCCUCGCCCGGGAUUCUCGCUCUACCAGACUCUUGCCGACUCCAAGGGCAUCAAAGUCCGCCAUUACAAUUUGCUGCCGGAGAAGAACUGGGAGAUCGACCUGGAGCACUUGCAGUCGCUCGUUGACGACCAGACUGCAGCGAUUGUUGUCAACAACCCGUCCAACCCGUGUGGCUCCAACUACAGCCGUGCCCACUUGCUCGACAUUCUGCAGCUGGCCGAGAAGAACUUCCUCCCCAUCAUUUCGGACGAAAUCUACGCCGACAUGGUCUUUUCGGGUCAAGUCUUUGAGCCCAUGGCUCCUUUGACAAAGACCGUGCCCAUUCUCGCUUGUGGCGGCAUUGCCAAGCAGUUCCUCGUUCCCGGCUGGCGUGUCGGCUGGCUGAUGAUUCACGAUCGCAACAACACCUUCAAGGAGAUCCGCGAAGGCUUGCUCAAGUUGACGACGCUCAUUCUUGGUGCCAACACCAUCGUCCAAGAUGCUUUGCCGACCAUGCUCCACAAGACCCCGCGCGGCUUCUUGACAGCGACGCUCGCGACCAUUGAAGAGCAUGCCAAGCUGAGCUAUGAGAUGUUGGGCAAGAUUGACGGUCUUGUUCCGAUUAUGCCGCAGGGUACCAUGUAUUUUAUGGUGGGCAUCCAAAUUGAAAAGUUCAAGGACAUUGCCAAUGACAUGGACUUUGUUCAAAAGCUUGUGACAGAGCAGUCUGUUUUCGCUCUUCCUGCCUCGUGCUUCGCCUACCCCAACUUUUUCCGAAUCGUCAUCACCGUGCCCAAGGACAAGCUGAAAAUCGCGUACGAGCGCCUUGCCGAGUUUUGCGCUCAACAUCGCAAGUGAUUUUGUCGUUGAAGCCGUUGUGUGUGCGUUACUUGCUUGAUUCUAUUGUUUCUUUUAAAAAUUCCCCGGCUCCCCGCCGCCCCACCUCAAUUCUACCGAAAGCAUGCACAUCCAUAGCUUGUCGAUUCAGACAAUGCGCAACGGAAAAU